CUGCGUUAUUAUGACGUUUUGAGUGCGGAUUUGGUGGGUAAAUAAAAAAUUGACUCUGUGAAAAUAAUUGUAUGCAAGUGUUUUUCUUGGUGAAAUAUAGUUAUAAAAGUGUUUUAAAAUAUAUUGUCAGUAAAUGCGUCCUUAAUAUUUUGUGAUAACUAAUUGUAUAAAUAAAAAAUGUCUUUUAAUGAACGCCCCACCACAUCGAAGGACACUUCAUUUGACUCUUUCUAUACAGAGGUUAAAGAAAUAGAAAAACGCGAUUCUGUUCUAACCUCUUCUCAACAAAUUGAUCGUUUACUUCGUCCAGGUUCAACAUACUUCAAUCUCAAUCCGUUCGAGGUACUACAGAUAGAGCCUAGCGCUACUAUUGAAGAAAUAAAGAAACGUUACCGCACUCUCUCCAUACUGGUGCAUCCGGAUAAGAACCAGGAUGAUAAAGAUCGAGCCCAGACUGCUUUUGACAUUAUAAACCGCGCUUGGAAGACUCUGGAAAAUGAUGUCACACGAAAAAAAUGUUUGGAUGUUUACGAGGAAGCGAAAGAAAGAACUGAUCAUAUGAUUGCAGAAAAACGAAAAAAGCUCCGUAAGGAAAGUAAAGGUUUUGAAAGCAUCCCUGAGGAUGACCCUGAUAAAUAUAAACAUGCCAUAUAUGUGAUGGUUAUGAAAUUGUUUGCUGAUAUGGAACGACGUCGGCAACAAUUAGAUCAACGAGAUCAAGAGGAGCGAAAACGCAAACGUGAAGGUGAAAUUGAAGAAGAAGAAAAAAGAAAAGCUGAUUUAGAAUGGCAGAAGAAUUUUGAAGAGUCGCGUCAAAGUCGGGUAAAUAGUUGGCAUGAUUUUCAGUCCGGCGCCAGCAAGUCUAAGAAGUCUAAAAAGCAAAAGCGUAUGCAUGGAAUGAUUGUUCCUCCUAAGUUUAAGCCAGAAACCCGAUAAAACCAUAUGCCCAUGCAUAUAUCUAUAGAAACAAUCUUUACAUUAUUUUUUUUUUUUACUUCAAAUUAAGUUUAUGAAUCAUAAUACGAAUUCCAUGUUUUAAGGUUGAAAAUAUGUUAAAUAUCAACAUGCCUUUUAAUGUGAAAUAAGUAAUCCAAGUUCGUUUAAGUUAUCUUUAGUUGGCGCCCAUCAUAUAUAUGUAAUUAAAACAAUAAAAUUGAUUACAUUUUGUAAAAUACA